AUGGCUAAUCUCGAAUAUAUUCAGUCUACCUUUCCAAAUUGCGCAGACGAACUAGCGAUUCUAAAAUCUGCCUUCCCUACAGAAACGAAGCUCGAUAUUUGGUUCCAUAAUUGUGUUAAUGUUUACAUUCUCGUGACACCGGGCGUAGUUGGAGUUCCUGUAAAUGUCUGCUUCAAACUUCGUAUCCUUAUUUCCUCGGAGUAUCCACGAAUAUCACCACUUUUUGAAUUGCAUGAUCCGGUUGGCCUUUCCGAUCCUGAUCUUGCAAAACUUAAAUCAGAGAUUAGGGAAGUUAUUCAGUCUCUUACUGGCGAAUGUAUGAUGUUUUCUAUUAUUGAUUGCUGUCGAGAAUUCAUCUCCAGUAAUAUUCCUUCCGUGGAUUGUUCAAUCUGUUUUGAGGGGUUUCAACGCGAGGAAGAUGUUACUCGUUCGUCAUGCAAUCAUUUCUUCCACAAUGUAUGUCUUUCGGAUUAUCAUAAAAGUCUCCUUGCCACAUAUCAAUCCGAAUUAGUCGCAAUCCUUGCAAAAAAUCCUCACUGUCCUAAGGAAAUGCGACCAGUAUUGAGGUUUCCAUGUCCCCUCUGCAAAACAGAACUUCCUCCGUUGAUUGGCGUGCCAAGCGACUGCGUUUGA